GUUCGGAUAGGAUACUAGUCAAAAUUUAAUAUUUCGUACUUGACACACUUUUUUAUAUUAGAGUAAAUAAGUUGGAUUCGUUGAAGUUCCCUGGUGGGCGGUGCCAGUUUUUACCCUUCAUAAAGCAAGGCCCUUUUCUGUCUUUUUGGAGUUUCGGUCAUCUUCAUGGCUUGAUGACUUCAACAAUUGCAUGUUUUUGGACUUUCAUAAACGCGGCCUCAACUCUUCUUCCUUCUUGGUCCCUCCUCAUUUGCUCCGAAACAAACAAACAAAAAUACUGUACUUACAAAACAAAUGAGCACUACUAGCAGGAAUUGGAAGCUUCUUACCUUUAUCUUAUUCAUGUUUAUCCGCACGCAUGCGGACCUCCCGGGGAGCUGGGAACUCCUCGUCCCGGACGCCGGGAUAGCCUCAAUGCACACCGCCGUCACCCACACCAACACCGUAAUCCUCCUGGACCGAACCAACAUCGGCCCGUCCCGCAAGCUCCUUCCCCCCCACCGCUGCCGCCACGACCCCAACGACCCCGUUCUCAAAGUAGACUGUUACGCUCACUCCGCCCUCCUCGACCUCACCACCAACUCCAUCCGACCCCUCAUGAUCCUCACCGACACCUGGUGCUCCUCCGGCCAAUUCCUCCCCGAUGGCACCCUCCUAAGCACCGGCGGCGACCUCGACGGAUUCACGAAAAUCCGCAAGUUCACCCCCUGUACCGAAAGUACUCCCAACUCUGCUUCUUCACUCUGUGACUGGCAGGAACUCGAAGAUAUUCAACUCUCACAAGGCAGAUGGUAUGCCACCAAUCAAAUUUUGCCGGACGGCUCCAUCAUCAUCAUCGGCGGUAGAGCUUCCCCUAGCGUAGAAUUUUAUCCACCUAGGAAAACCGGCGCAGUGAAUUUCCCCUUCCUUAACGAAGUCGAAGAUAAUCAAAUGGACAACCUUUACCCCUACGUUCACUUACUCCCCAACGGUCAUCUUUUCAUUUUUGCCAACAAUAAGGCCGUAAUGUACGACUACAACAGCCACAGCAUAGUCAAGAAUUAUCCGGUUUUGGAGGGGGGCCCGCGGAGCUAUCCCUCAGCUGGAUCAUCGGCGAUGCUGGCCUUAGCAGGUGAUUAUUCAUCUGCUACGGUAGUCGUCUGCGGUGGAGCCAAAUACGGGGCGUAUUUACACAGGACUACAGAUUCUCCUGCCAACGGGAGCUGCGGGAGGAUAGAGGCGACGGGGCCCGACCCGGUUUGGGAGAUGGAGGACAUGCCUUUCGCGAGAAUUAUGGGUGACAUGGUGGUCUUACCCACUGGCGAUGUCGUCAUCAUCAAUGGGGCUCAGGCAGGGACCCAGGGCUUCGAGUUGGCCUCCAAUCCCUGCUUAAACCCGGUUCUUUAUAGACCGGAUCAACCGGUUGGGCUCCGGUUUAUGACUUUGAACCCGGGUGUCGUGCCCAGGAUGUACCAUUCCACAGCCAACUUGUUGCCUGACGGGAGAAUUUUGAUCGCCGGGAGUAACCCGCAUUACUUUUACAACUUUAAAAGAGCGUUUCCAACGGAGCUGAGGAUUGAAUCUUUCUCGCCGGAAUAUCUAUCGGCGGAUAAGGCGAAUCUUCGACCGGUAUUUGUGGAAUUGCCGGAGAAGGUAGCUUACGGAGCAGCCUUCGACGCUGUAGUGACGGUGGAGCUGCCGGUGGUGGGAGUGGUGGAGGUGAAUAUGGCGAGUGCACCAUUCGCGACGCACUCUUUCUCACAGGGGCAGAGGCUUGUGAAGCUGUCGGUGACCAGCGCGAUACCUGAGGGACCCGGAAGAUACAGGAUUGGGUGUGUGGCUCCGCCUGACGGUCGGGUGGCGCCGCCUGGAUAUUAUAUGGUGUUUGCCGUUAAUCAAGGGGUCCCAAGUAUAGCGCAGUGGGUCCAUCUAGCAUCCUGAAAAUUAUGGGAUAUCUUUUUUAAUGGGUUAAAAUUUAUCAGUUGUUUUGGUCCAUUUCGUUUUAUAUCGAGGAGUUUUACAGGUAUCGUACGUAUUAAUUAAUUCACAGUUAAAUGUAUAAAACGAGAUAUCAAUACUCAAAUGGUGAAUUUAAAUUGUUGAGUAAUGUGGCCAGAACGGAUUGGAUUACAAUCAUAGUCAUAGGUACGAUAUUCGAAAUUAAGCCACAGGUAUAAAUUAGUCUUAUGGAGGGUUCUGAGUUGCUUCUGGAAAUGAAAUUGUCAAUACAUGACAAAAUAUUUAAAAGGCCAUUUUAUACUUUUCUACUAAUGUACUCCUCUUUUUGCUAGAUAAGGAAAUAAAUGGAAGAUCGUUCAUUCGUUA